AUGGGUGACACGAUGCGCGUGUUUGGGCGGGAGCCCGAGCGUGCUGAUCACCCCAUUGGCCUGGGAUGGCUGCUCGCCAUUGCGCUCUGCGGUGGCAUCCUGCUCUUCACGACGGUGGGCCUCCUGCUCGUGUGGUGGGUGAAGAAGACUCGGUCGCCGGGCCCGCGGAUGGUCUACGGGUACGCGGCGACGGAGACGUCCUUUGUGCCGCCGACGUCGACGUCGCGGCUGAUCAAGCGGCGGCUGCUGGGAAACGGCUCCGGGUCGCUCAGCAAGCUGUCGAGCCGCCUGUCGAGCCGGUUCUCGCUUCUGCCUGGGCCGCGCGGCGGCGGCGGCGGCGGGCCACCUGAUGCUGCUGCUGCUGCUGCUGCUGCGCUGCCGACGCAUGAGAGGAGCUUCGCGCUGCCGGAGCGGAGGAGGACGGUGUCGAGGGGGAGGAAGCGGUCGCGGAGCUGGGUGGACGAGGACGACCUGCACGGGCCGAGGAUGGCGCGGAGCAAGAGGAGCGCGCGGGACUCGUGGUUCGGCGUCGUGCCGACGCUGCCCAGCGUGGAGGCGGCGCCGCUGCCGGAGGUGGUCGAGGUGGAGGAGGAGAGCAGCCGGCGGGUGCAUGUGGGAGCCGGCGUGCCUCUGCAGCAUCCGCAGCCGCGGUGGAUUCCGCGCAGCCAGACGGAGCCGGGGCUGAUUCCGAUGGCGGCGGCGGCGGCGGCGUAUCCCGUUGAGCUGCCGACGGGGGUUGCGCCGGCUGCUGCUGCUGCUGGGCCGGUGAGGAUGUCGGCUCCUCAGGUGGCGCACGUGCGGCCUUCGGCCACGGAUUCAAACUUGAAGGGCAUCUUGCGCUCGACGGAGAUGAGGCUCUCGGACAGGACCUCGCGGCCCCCGGUCACGGUAUCCCGAUCAUCUGCCGUCAGGGGGUCGCCCACCAAGGGUCACCGCACGAGCUCAUCGGCCAGAUCAAGCAACGGCUUUCCCCUUUCAGGGAGCCCGCCCAAGAGUGGCCUUCCGAAUACAGCAAGCAUGAGCUCGAUUGGCAGUGCCGCGAACAGUCUCAUUGCGGCGGCCACCCAGGAACUCGAGCUUCCUGGACGCUCGUCGAGUCCCAGCAAGGCUAAGGGAGUUCGAUUUGAGCAACCAGAGAUCGCAAAUGGAGACCUUGAGAAGCCUCAGUACAAGACGGUCCUGUCUCAGAGCCCGCAAACGCAUAGCCCUCAGAGGCAGUUCUCGCAGAUGGCAUUGAUACAGCACCCGUCGAUGCAGUCUGUGCAACAACAACAACAACAACAACAACAACAACAACAGCAACAACAGCAACAACAAUGUCCUCCACAGAGAAGUCCUGAGCGCCGUAUGUCGUUUGACAGCGACAAAUCGAGCUCCCUUUCGACCUUGUACAGCACCAAUGAGCCGGAAGAAGAGAGACCCAGGCAAAGGCUAGAUUACGACCCCUUUGUGGAAAAGGGGGCCCAGGGCAGGUGGCCAAACUGGCAGACGCGGCAGCGCCUCGCCCAUAACGACUCGCAAAGGCGGGCAAAGACGUUGAGCUCGGCGUCGCUGACGCGAAUCAUCAUGGGAGAACCCGCUGGCCCUCCGCCCUUGAGGCCCCUCUCGGCGAUUUCGCAGCCCGACAUGGCCUAUGGAGGUCUGAUGUCUCCCCUGAUGCUCGACUCGCAAGCUGCUUCGUUCGCGAGGGACGCUGGUGGUGCCGAGGGGCUUGCUCCCUCGCAUACGCCGUACCUGAACGAGGUUCCCUCGGAAGUCAGCUUCGUCUCCAUGUCGGUGGAUUCCGAUGCGACCGAAGUGCCUGCCGCUCACGACAGCAGUGACUCGGCAUCGUCCAGCCCCACGACUCCGACGGGACAGUCGCGGUUCCCAGACAUGAUGUCGUCGUCGUCCUCGCCGUAUGACGAGCGGGAGAUCAUGUCCCUGCUCAUGGCCACGGCGCCCCCUCAACGAGCUUUGCCGCUGCCUCCGCCUAGCGUGACGGGCGCAGACGGGGCCAUCGUUGCUGUUCUCUCGCCGACGCCGGGGAAUCGUCUGUCGCGCCGCGGGUCCACCGCCAGCUCCGUGUACACGUUUGAUACCUUCCUUGCCGAGCAGGGUACCGGCUUGGCGCCCUCGCCCUCCCGCCGGUCCAUCAUCCAUCCCAUCAUCGAUGGCCCUCGACUGAGCAGCACCAUCGCCGAGCUGCGCCGCAUGAACAGCGUCCUGAGCACAUACAGCGUCGCGUCCAUCGCCUCGACAGUCGCAGAAGGCGACUCGCCCACUCUCCCCGCCUCAUUGAGCGGCGGCGGCGGACUCGCAAAGACCCGCUCCGUCCUCUUCGGCCCCGCCAGCAUCGGCAGCAGACACUACCUCAACGUCGGGAACACGCGGUCCCUGGCCAGCAGCGGCAGCGGUCGCCGAUUCGGUCCGCGAGGGUCAGCGCGGCACCGCCGCGCGGAGACUUGCUGCUACGGCAGGGACACUACCCAGGGGCUGGGGCUCCGCCUGGCGUGCAUCGUGGACGAGACGGUGGACGUCGACCCGCAGCGGCGCGCGCAGAGCCUCGUCUGCGACCCUGGCAUGGAAGUCAUCGAGGGGGUUUCGCCCGCGCCACGGGGGCUGCUGAGCCAGAAGCUUGGGCCAGUGGAGGAGCUCAUUGCCGCCGAGCAGAGAUUCGACGCGCACCGGGCGAGCGUUGAGAGCUUGGGGCUGUAUGAUAAGGAUGGGUUCUUGCUCAGUUCGCCUGAGCGAGAUGCGAAGAGGAGAGGCUUGCGGAUAUGA